AUGCAUUUCCGUGUAUCUUUUUUCAAACAAACUCCUUAUUUUAUCGCAGAUUUCAACGAAAAAGAUUAUAAUAGCAAUAUAAUUCUAUAUUCUUCAGAAGGGGAAAUAUACGCUACUUCAAAGAAUAUCCAUCAGAUAAUUGGCAGCAGGCAAGGCUCUAUAUUUGAAGUUCUUAAUAAUAUUUCAUAUUAUUUCGAAAAGUAUGAGCUUGGGACGAUCUUUGAGUAUGAUGAAGAUGUCACCUGCUCAAUGCAAAGGGCUAAUCUUCAAAUUGAUGAUUCAAUGCUUGAGGUUUUGUAUAUUAUAAAUGAUGAUUAUUUUGCUCAAAUUAAAAACCUCGGAAAAGCACCUGCAAUUGAAAGCGAUGAAUGAGACUAUAAAUCUAACUAUAAUAGCCACAUCACAAUAGUCCAAACUGAAUCCAAUGCAAAACUUGAACCAGCAAUUUCGCACUCUUAUUUCUCAACUAUGCAUUCAGGAAUAGAAUGGUUUAGGAUUAUAAAGUCAAGCGCUAGCCAUAUUGGUGACGUAGUCACCAAAGACCUCCAGUAUGGGAGGUUCUACCGCUUUUUGACUCCAGCUCAGAAGGUCUAUAGCCGUGAACGGGCUAUAUCUCUCUUACGAAUGCCCUAUCGGUGCCUUCUGCCUCCUCCUGCCUUGAGGCUUCAGUCUUGAGCGGGCGCCUUAUGGAUUUCUGCGGCCCUGCUAUGGGCGAUUGGAGUAGCUUUAUUCCAGGGAUCAGCUCCUUGGAGUCUAUCGGGCGUCGAAGAGCCUUUCUUCAACAGCUACAGGAAAAAGACUGUUCCCCUGUGGCCUUGGCCGAAACCCCUAGUUCUCGGUAGAGGAAUGCCCAUAUGGGUUCUCGGAUCCAAAGGACGUUGCUGAGCAUUUCCAUUUCUAACCACAGGAAAGCAGCCAAUACCUACCCGGAUAAACACCUCUUGAGUCUGCACUUGAUUCUCAGCUCGGAGUCCGUCCCAGUUCGUCGCAGCCAUAAGGUCAGGACUGCUGCACCAAUAGGGCAGGAUGACACGUAUCGCCAUUUUAAUGUAUAUCAUUCAGGAAUAGAAAACAAUGAAAAUUUUAAAAACGAAGAAAAUAAAGAAAGCAGUAGUGAAAAAGUAAUGAAAUUUUGCAAUUCUAUGAAUAUGAAAGUCAGAUUGUCUGUAAUUUGCCUACUUGGGAUUAUUAUUUCAACUCUACUUUUAGAAAAACAUUUAAUUAAAGACCUAAAUUUAUCGAUUUUUAUUCCUUCUGCCUCUGUGAGCGAAUAAAAAUUUUGCUUGCUCUAUUUUUACAAAUUUAUAUAAAUUUUUUUUCAAAAUAUAAAAAAUCCCAAUUUGAAAUAAUUUUAAAGCAAAUAUAAAUUUAAUUUGUAGAAUUUAUGUUUUAAAACGAAAGCUGUUUAAAAUUUAACCAGUUAGCUGGAGAUUUCGCUUUAAUUUUCAUAUAUCAAAAAAAAUUCCCAUAAGGUAGGGUGGGUUUUUACCCAAAAAUAGUAUUUUUUCCAAUGGUUUUGUUCACUCAUGGAGUGGGGAGUUAGCAAUUUCGCGACAAUGAGGUUUUUAGGAUUAAAUAUUCUAUCAGACUCGAGAUCUCUUGAUUUAUUAAGUCAGGGCUAUAACUUAUCAUCCACAGAAACAGCUUAUAGGACUUCACUACAGACUAAUUUGCUAAACUUAAAAAUUGCUUUGACUUCCACGAAUUCAGAUAUAGAAAGUUUCCUAUGUUUGGCGCUGUAAGGCCGAUAAAUUCUGAUCGGAAUUUAUCGGUAGGUUGCACCAAAAUCAAUGCCUUGGUCGGACCAAAAAGCGAUUUGGUCCGACGAACUUGGAAAGCUCCUGGGAAAAUGUCUGCGCUUUUAGCGCUAUAUAGAGGAAACCUCUAUAUAUCAAAUUAUAGUUAUUUAACAAACUAUUUAGAGGAAAAUGAAAUAAUAACAGUUGAAAAGCUGAGUAGUAACUUAUAUCGUACCAAUAAAAUUAAUUUAUUUCAAGCUCUUCAGAAAGUUAUACAAGAAGGCUCAGCAAUUGCUAACGCUAAAUUUUCGAAUUUUUCAGAUAUUCAGACAAACCUUUUUUAUAUUUAUUGAAAUUUUCCUGGAGAAACUUUUAGAUGUUUAAACGCAAGUCUUUAUUCGACUAUUAAAGAAAUGCAGGAAAACACAUUAUCUGUAUUAGAACUUUUAAAGUAUUUGAAAAUCCUUGCUUUUAUCCCUGCUUUGCUAAUAAUUUCUCUGUCAGUUAGAGAUAUAAUUAAUCUUGAAAAAUAUAAUAAAAAGAAUUGAAAAAGUCUUUCGUCACUAAGUAUUGAAAGAAAAGUAGUUCUAAAAGAGAAGCUUAUUGAUAGACUUUAUAACUUUCAUGGUUUGCAAGUAGACGAAGUCCAGCUCAAACGUACGAAAAAGAAAAUUUAUUCAUUUAUUUGAAAGUCAUUUAUCUUUAAAAUUCUUCUCUUAGAGCUUUCAAGCAUUUUCUAUUAUUUUAUUUCUAUUUAUGUGCUGCAAAAUCAAAUAAGUGAUGCUUUAAUUUCUCAAACUGAUUAUAGAUUUAGCUCUGGUUUAAGGAGAUCACUUACUAGAACUACUUAUUUUUGAGCUAGAGAACAAUUUUUAGACAAGAGCAAUGCUUCAUUUAUUACUAACAUUCUGCAUCCAUUUCCUUCAAUUCCACACAAGUUGCAAUUUUUGAUUGACGAUUAUAGGCAUUGUCAAAAAUUCAUCAAUUAUGGACCUGUAAAGAAGUAUUAUAAUGAUGAAAUGGUAAGCCUUAUGAUCGGAAAUCCUUGCACUCAAUUAAAUAAUACAAUAGCAAAAUGCCAAAGCAGCUAUAUAAGUAUGGGAAUAGUGCCAUCAAUAGAACUUUAUCUUAAUGAGGUUAGAAGAGUAGCAACUUAUAAGAAAACUGAUUGAAAAGACAUCAUUAAGCUGGAGCAAUAUUCUAAAUUGAUAUCAAGCUCAGUAGGUUCGAUGGUAAAUAUCUUUAUGAAUACUACUGAUGCUCAAGUUGCUGAUACUUUAGACGAUUUAGUUGUCACAACCUUGUUAUAUUUUCUGCUGAUGAUAAUUAUUGCAAUGCUAAUUGUGUUCACAGCUGUAAAUAAAAUGAAAAGUGACUUGAUUGAUAAAAUUGAGAUUUUAAAAUAUUUUGAAGGCUAG